AUGCCUACAGGCGGGAGUUACUACCCGUACACGGGAGGCUAUGUCAAGACGACCACCACAUCCUACAGCCGCACUCGGUCGCCCCAUAGACGCCCCCUCUCCCCAAUCCGACGGUCUCGCCCCAUCUCUCCACCCCGGCCUCGGUCGCCUUAUAGACGUCCACCGUCACCCUACCGCCGCCCUCCCUCCCCCUACCGCCCGCCCCCCUCAUCAUACCGGCGCCCGCCCUCACCCAACCCCCUCGCACCACCGCCCCUCUUCUCGCCCCUCCGCCGCCCCCAUUCCCCCCUCGGCCCAUCAGGCUACGGCACCCCACCACGCGCCUACUCCCCCGUAAACACGCUCCCGACCCGUCCCCGGCGCCGCUCCCCAUCCCGCGACCGCACCACCCGGCGGCGGUCGCCUUCCCCGCCGCGCCGCACCAGCUUCCUGCGCGCGAUUGGCAACGCGUGGGACGCCCAGCCGCGCGAGACCAGACAGGCCUUGGGCACGGAGAUUGGGAAGUAUGCGGCGCACAAGCUUGGGUGGUCGGAUCUGGAUGGCAGGACGACGGAUCAGAGGGCCGGGGAGGAUCCGUAUAAGAGGGGGACGGGCGAGUGGUCGGGGUAUAGUACCCGUGGGUGA